UUUUGUGUUUUAGUUGCCUCUUUCUCUCUCAUUUUCUUAUUCCCUCCCAUCCUCCUCCCAUCUCACAGUUUCUCAUCACACAGUCAGGAGAAGUGUGGAGGAGAUGGCGGUGGCUGAGACACAGCUGUACGCAAAGGUGUCCAACAAGCACAGGAGCAGAAGCGCCUCUGUACUCCUUGAGUCUCUCCUUGCCAAAGGAUUCCCAGCUCAUAUCGCGCAGAAAGCCUUGGCUGCUACUGGACAAAAGACAGUAGAAGAGGCUGCAAAAUGGUUGCACUCUCACUGCAAUGAUCCCUCUUUGGAAGACCCAAUCCCCCAGGAGUAUGCUCUUUACCUGUGUCCCACUGGCUGCUUGCAUAACUACCUGCUGGAGUUUUGGAAGGAGAGCAAACGCCAGUGUGGGAAAAACAGAGCCCAUGAAUUUUUUCCACACAUCACUCUCUGCGAUUUCUUCACGUGUGAAGACCAGAAAGUGGAAUUAUUGUAUGACACCUUAAAGAGAGUCGGUGAAAGCUUUUCACUACGGUUUCCAUCAGCCAUUUCCUUAUUACUACAUUCAUCUACCAGUUACCUUGGCUUCUUCAUUGAUGACAAACAUGCAAAUAUCCUCAAAGAGUUUGCUCAGGCAUUCUCCUCAGAAGCUUCAGCUGUGGCAGAUUGCCAUGUGAAGCCCUGCCUCAAGCAGCUCCAUCUCACCUUGUCUCACAAGUUUUAUCCUCACCAUCAGAAGACUUUGGAAGAACUGGCCAAAUGCAUUAACCCAGAGGAGACCUGCCAGUGGGUAGCUGCACUCUACUCACGGGAUAUGCGUUUUGUGCAUUACCAGACACUGAGGGCCCUCUUCCAGUACAAGCCCCAGAACAUCGAUGAACUCAUGAUCAAUGCUGGAGACUUCAUCUAUGUUGACCCGACGCAGCAGUCUGACGUGAGCAAAGGCUGGGUGAUUGGGACCUCACAUCGGACAGGCUGCAGGGGUUUUCUUCCUGAAAACUACACUGAGAGGGCCAACGAGUCAGACACGUGGGUUAAGCACAGGGAAUACGUUUUUGUAACAGCUUCAAGACUCUUCACUCAAGCUGAAAAUGAACCUAAUGUAAAGACGAAUAGAGAAGUCCAAAGUCCUAGUACGUCAAGGAGCAUAACCAAGGUACUUUCUCUUCAGAUGUCUCAGAAUGCCACCCUGCGGAGAGGUUUGCUGGUGAUGCGCCAUGGGGAAAGAGUUGAUCAGGUCUUCGGCAAAUCUUGGCUUCAACAGUGCUUAACUGCAGAUGGAAAAUAUUACAGAGCAGAUCUGAACUUCCCUUCCACCCUGCCAAAGCGGAAAGACAGCAUGAAGCAUUUUGAAUAUGAUCCUCCUUUGUCUUGCUGCGGUAUUUUCCAGUCAAGGCUUAUAGGGGAAGCUCUGCUGGACCAGGAGGUGACAGUCAGCUACGUGUACUCAUCACCUGCGCUCCGCUGCAUACAGACAGCUCAACACAUACUGCAGGGGCUUAAAUUAGAUCAAAAAGUCAAAAUCAGGGUGGAACCAGGACUGUUUGAAUGGACCAAGUGGGAAGCAAGCAGAGUAAUUCCUAGCUUCAUGACUGUGACAGAACUGGAAGAAGCAUCUUACAAAAUAGAUACAAGUUACAGGGGUAACUUCCCACUCUCUUCACUGGUGCCAUCGGAAAGUUAUGAAGAGUAUGUAAGCAGAAGCUCUGCAGUUAUAAAACAAAUCAUCACUGCCUGCCCCAGCAAAGGUGUCAUCCUCAUUGUGGGCCAUGGCUCUUCCUUGGCAUCUUUCACUCGACCUCUGAUAGGGCUCCCCACCAGAGACAGCAAAGACUUUGCCCAGGUGGUACGAAAGAUCCCUUCACUGGGCAUGUGUUUCUGUGAAGAGCUGACAGAAGAGAACAAAUGGCAGAUGGUCAGCCCACCAGUGAAGACAUUAACCCAUGGAGCAAAUGCAGCAUUUAACUGGAGAAAUGGUAUUGUGGAAGAUUAGAAUGAAGGCUCUGCCUGUGCUGUUGUCAAAAAGGAGCCAAAGACAGAUUAUGGUUCAGCAGAGUACAGUCAUUCCUCCAGAAGACUUACAGAGAGGGGGAAAUACCCUCCCUGAGUUGUCAAAGCACAGAAAAACACUUCAAGUUUCGUGCCUGAAUUCUGUUUUUAUUUCAGUGGCUGAGAAGAAGGAACCUAGUAACUGGCAUGCAAGUGAGAAAUAACUGGUGAAGAGAGUACCUUUUAACGCUUUCUGAGAGUACCAAUGUUUAAUAAAUAUGGAACCGCCUGAUUAUAAAUUCUACCGCUAAAGGCACUAAAAGUAGACAAUGUUGCAUUUUCCAAGACCAAAAUACAUCCAGUAAGAAUUGGGUUUUUUUAAGGCACUUGGAUUUUUUCAGACAAGCAGAGAAACUGGGACUGAAAAAAGUCAUUUCCUACCUGAAGAGGAGACCGAGACCAGCUCUACCUAAAGCCCCUGGCUUUCCUGUUCCCUCCAUCAGUUCUAUGACAGCAACCACCACACUAUUUAUUUACCUCUCCUACAAAGAGGGCCCGUUUUUUAUCACAACUGCUCCUCAUUCAGUGAUUCUUGAGUGAUCUGCAUUGAAAAAGGGACUAAAUGAUUCUUUUUUGAAGAAAACUGUUUGCUUUAGUGUUGAUGGAGCA